UUUUUCGAUUUGGCAAAAUUGGAGAUCGAAAUGGGUGGUCGAAGCGAUAGCGAUGAAGACGAUACGUUCUACUACCGUUAUUCCACCGUCCCGCCGCCGCAACCACCGCCGCCUCAUUCCUCCACCUCUCAAACAACCAAUUCUUCUAUCAAUGGAGGUAGUGGAGGUCUCGCGCCUUCCAAAUCCACCGUCUAUGUAAGCAACCUCGAUUUCAACCUCACAAACUCCGACAUUUUCACUAUCUUCUCCACCUUCGGUCGUGUUGCUAAGGUCACCGCCCUUAAGGAUCGCAACACUCGACAGAGCCGCGGCGUCGCUUUUGUUCUCUUUGUAUCCCGAGAAGACGCCGUCGCCGCCGUCCAGGGAAUUCAUGGAAAGCUCCUCAAUGGUCGAACCCUAACCGCUUCCAUAGCUACGGACAACGGCCGCGCUUCCGAAUUCAUUCGCAGGAAAGUGUAUAAGGAUAAGACUAGAUGUUACGAGUGUGGAGAAUCUGGACAUUUGUCUUAUGAAUGCCCACGUAAUCAAUUUGGUCCUAGAGAACGCCCGGAACCCUCUAAGCGAUCAAAGCAUGGUGAUGGUGGUGGAGGAGGAGGGAGAAGAAGUUUGACCCGGAAUAGAGCGGUGGAGGAGGAUGAAAAUGGUGAUGAUGAUGAUGAUGGGGAUGGAGGGGUAGGGUUUGAUGAUGAUAAUUGGGCAUCAGUGGUGGAUACAGGUGCUGAUCAAAGGCUGUUGGUGCAAGAGAAAGAAGGGUUAUCUAAGAAAAAAGAUAGUAGUAGUAAGAUGAAGAAGAAGAAAACUAGCUAUUUUAGCGAUGAAAGUGGAGAGGAUGACUGAUUGAUCUUGAAUUGCUGUCUUCAAUUUGUACAUGGUUGUUGAAGAAACAGGGCCUGAUGAUGAUCCAGGUUGCUUCCUUUUCAUUCUGAUUUCUUGAAGCUUGCAGCCUUGGUGUUCAAAAAAAGGUCAAAGUUAGAAAUGUUUCAUAUGUUAUGGAACAAGUUAUCUUAAUUUGGUUGCUUUGAUGCUACUGCUAUUCUUUAGUUAUAGAAAAUGAAAAAGAAUUGCAGCUCCCCUGAUUUGAAAUACAAACUUAUUUUCAUAUAAAAAAUUGUAAAAUCUGGAAGAUUGAAAUGAUGUGUGUUUAUGCAAGAUGGUUGUGGAUUGCAGGACCCCUUAAAUCACACACAGACUCUAGCUAGUUGUUGGAAAGGUCUUAUUAGUGUGCUGCGUGAUUUAGAUUUAAGAACUAGUUCAUUUUCUUGUUGAUUUGCAGAGAAUGAUGAGACAUUCAUCAUCAGUUUAUGUAUUGAGACAUUUUUAUAUCAUAUGUUUGCUUUCACGUAAGAGAGAAGCCCGAAACA